GCUGGAUGUGGGCUGUGAUAAUUGUAGCGGUAGUGACGUCUGUGGUUAGCUAUGUUAGCGAGACAACAUCUUCGUCAGCGUUAAGGCUGUGGGACUACCUGACUUGCCUCUUUUUAUGACACACUCACCUGUCAGGUAAACGUCACAUUUGUUUGGGCUUCCUGACGGAGUGAACGUCUGCUUACAACCGGUCUGUGACCGCCAUUGUUGUCCUUUUAAUUGUAGAUUGUGCACAAGAGAACGAGUCUUUUCCUGGUUCUUUUGAAUUGUCCCUGGAUUAUAUGUUCGUGGAACAAUACGUUGCUUUGUAUUUCUUAAUAUGGAAUCGUUAUAUUUCAUGGUCCUCCUCGGCUGUCUGGUAAAGACCAUCACGGCUGGGGUGACCCUCGAGGUGAAGUUCGUCCACUACAAGAACUCAGAGGGGGAAGGAAGCAAUGGCGAGUGUUGUGAUGGCAGAUCUGUGUUCUGUUUCUCAGCGUGUGAUCACAAGUUUAACAUUUGUCUUGAUAAGGCGACCGGAGCAAACAACAUACGGGACUGUCCCUUUGGAAGAUUCAAAUCAUCGGAAAUACCAGAUGCUGACACAAUUACAUUCGGAUCAUCCUUUGGAGGAGUGAAAAAUCCAAUGUUUUUCCGAAUGAAAUCCUGGCCGGGAUCAGUGAAACUGAAGGUGGAGGUACAUGAUGCUGAUCCCGGUUCCAAUCCGUCAGACCACGUGGACUUCCUGUACAGAGAAAUAUCAGAGAAGGUAUCUCCCGAUAGGGCGUCAUCCACUACCUCCAGCUAUACAAUCAAGAAGAGGACGACGCUCUCGGUGAAGGUGAGGACGUACUGUGACAAGGAUUACUAUGGAGCUGCCUGUGAUACGUACUGUAUCCCACAAAAUAACACCAAAGGACAUUACACGUGUGACAAGACCGACGGCAAACGAGUGUGUCUACCUGGCUGGCAAGGAAAGUUUUGUGACGAUGACGGGGUCAACGAGUGCUUGGACAACGACCCUUGUCAUAACAACCAUGUUUGUCUUGAUAUACCUGUUGGGUAUGAAUGCGCAUGUCCAUUAGGAACAUCCGGUGAAAACUGCAGUUCCGUUGACUUCACAUGCGCUGACACACCUUGUAAGAAUGGCGGCAAUUGUUCGAGUGAAUCAGGGAACGUAACUUGUACAUGCUUACCGGGUUGGAAGGGUGAUAUAUGUGAGGAAGCUGUAGAUCCUUGUGCUGGUAAUCCCUGUGAAAAUAAUGGCACGUGCUCCAUUGAACACUUUGGAUUUUCCUGUACCUGUCAUGAUGGUUUCACUGGUGAUGUCUGUAAUAUCACGGAUAGGACGACGAUAUCCACGUUUAUAGAGUCGACAACCGUUACUGUAAUUGUCGACACGACGACAGGAGAAACGUCGGACGUUACUACUGUUAACGAUACAGAGAUAUUAAAAACAACUACACAGCUUCCUGAAACUUCAACAGCAUUGAGGAUAGCGUCCAUAAUGCUCAAAGGGAGAUUACUCGGAGAUAAUAGAGAAGACGUUCGGAAAGGAAUGACUAAUCUCCUUCAAAAAAUGUUGAAUUUAAAAGGCAAAGUAGAAAUCGCCAUCAAUUAUAAACCAGCAAUACUUCCGAAUGGAGAAUUAGUAACGAAUGUUUUGGUCCAUGUGGAAGAAAAUGGUAAAACAUUGGAACCAGAGACAAUUCAGAAAGUAUUUCAGGACACGGAAAUUGCGGUGCUAGAACAAUACAUACCCUUGCCUAUUUACCGCGAGGGAGCCCCUAAGACAGCCCCUCUCCUAGACGGCCACCCCAGUUGGAUCCAUGACAACUGGUACGUGGUUCUAGUCAUUUUUGUCGUCAUCAUCGCCAUGUGUAUAUGCCUAACAGCGUUCGUCGUAUAUAAGAGGAAAAGGUCUGUAAGAAUGGGACAAAAAGACGUGGUGGCAAGACCAAACUCCGGUGUUAGUGACGCGUUUCCCGCACAGUCCUUUGAGAAUUCCCUAUAUUUCGAAAUGAACAACCACCAACGGAAGAGCACCAACUCUAGAGUGAAAGUCAAUGUGAAUCCUACAUCUUGACAUUGUUGUCUGUUAUCUGAAUCGACUUGCAGAAAAUGGUGAUAUUUUCAUAAAAUGCAUACAUGAAUUACCAUUGUGACGUUUGAUCAUGAGACUAAGUGAUGAGAUCUAUUUUGAAACAAUAAAUUAAAGCCGUUCAGCAAAUGAUAUCCACGUUAGAAAGAAGCAAGAAGUAAGAAACGUAUGUGUCUGUUUAAAUCUGGUUAUCGGGGAAAGGGUAUAAGGAUUUAGGAUGAAUUUGGAAGGAGAGAAGAAAGGAUGACCAAAGGAAUGAUUGAUGUGGAGGAGAACGUGACUGCCAGACAGAAAAACAUUCCUUCGGUACAUGUCUAACGGAAACAAUGAACUACCCCACCGUACAUUUGUAUAUUUGCAUGCGUAGACAGUUUAUUUUUAUACCAAUAAUAAAUUGUAAAACCGACGUAUAAUAAUAUAUGCAUAUAUUUUAUGCAUUAAAUAUAAGCUUUUCUUUUGGAUAUCAAGGUUGGUUAUCUCGCAAUCAAUUAUGCAAUGAAAGCAGGAAAUUUCUACCGUUAUACAAUGUACAACUGACAUAUUGUACUUGGAAUCAAUGUGGUAGCUAUGUGGUAUAAUUUUAUAACUGAAUAACAACUUUGAACAUGUUAAAAACAAUGUGAACAUAUGGCUAUGUGUAUCAAUUUACAAUCGUGAUGUGAUAUGUAUUAGGCUCUAACGAACAUCAGCAUAAACAUUUAGUAAUAACUGGGUUUUUUCUCCAUUUCAUAUUUUAGGUCAUGUAUUUGUUCAUGUUUGUGUCUUGAAAAAAGGGGUGGAUUACCUCGAACAUUUGACAAAUUUCAUUUUCACACAGUCGUCAUUACAUAUAUAAAUUAUAUACAAAUGUUGAAUCACUUCACACGAAGAUCGAUCCGUAUUAUAUCACCAGCAGAAGGCACAUAUCUAUAACAUGACAUAAUUGGUCUACUCAUUGCAAAAUUAAGAAAUGAGAGUGUUCUUUGCGUAAAGUUAACAUAAACAAAUUUCUGUGAAACCUAUAUUUUAAAUUGGUUUGAACACAUGCACAUGUUCGUUUUGUGGCUUAAUUUAUAAAGCAUCGCUUUUCAUCCUCAUAUCAUUUUUUCCCCUGACUAUUUGAAAUUAAGACGUGCAUACACAUUCCUAUUCCCAUGGUUGCUGUUGAAAUUCUUCGCUAUUGACAUUGCUUGCGAAAAUACAUUUAAAUAUAGACCAUCCUUCAUCAGCCCUCUGAAAGUCACUUCACAUCUGUGCAUAAAAGGGUUAUUUUUCGCACUACAUGCAUUGUAUGCACACAAAUAUAACUUUUAUUUUUCAACGUAAAACCUUAUAGUUAAUUGAUACAAAUAUAUUUUAUUGUUUGGUAAAAAUAAGAAAAAUAUUGACUAUAAUACUAUAUUGUUUUUGUAAUUAAUGAAAAUGCAUUGAUUAUGACUAUAAUUUACUGCCAUAGUUUAUUUUCCUUAAAAAAAUCAAACAUUUAAUAUCAACAAUAAUAUUUCUAUCGAAAACUGCUUGCCAUAUCUAUGUAGGUAGUUAAUGCAUAUUAUAAUUUAUGCAUUUGAGUUAACGGUAUUUGUAUGUAUAGAACUAAUGUUGAAACGCAUCACAGUUCAUUUGUUAAUUUGUGUUUUGUAAAGUGUACAUGAUAUAUAUGUCUCCUACAAAUUAAGGUGAGUGAUAGAUAGUAAUGUGAAGAAGGUAGAAUGACGUACAAAUGUCCUGAAUAUAAUUCAUUAAAGUUUUGAAAGUAUU